UCUAAAAGAAAAUGUUUUUUGCGGUAUACCCGAGAUACUUUAUCAACAAAAGCGACAUAUAAAAAUAGUAACAACAAGAACGUAUUGUCAACUAGAUAUAGUAAAAAAGUUCGAAACAUGUUUAAAAGUCAUCAUCUUCUCAAUAUUAAAGAAAACGAAUUGGAAAAACUUCUGAAAUUAAAUAAAAUUAAAAAUUCUGGCCGGAACCUAAAUGUUCCAGGUGAUCUGGUUCUGGAAAAACAAUUUUCUAAAACAGGAAAUUUCGCAGUAGUAGAUCUACCAAAACAUGUGAGUUAUGUCGAUCUUUUAUCAG